UUCAAGUCCAACCACCAAGCUCUCUCAACGCCUACACACAGCGCCAACACGGCCAAUGCCACCGCGUCCCUUUGUCAACGACGCGCUCUGGCGCUGUCUCUGCCCCGGCUUCCCUCCCCAUGCCACCGCCGCCCACCUAGCACGCGCCGCAGCGCCAACGGCCGAUAGCUUCGUGUCCAAACGCAGCUCCCGACUGCAAUGUCAGCGCAGCUACAGCGCCGCCGCGCAGGUGUCGCCCUUUUUCGCACAGCCGCACGUCCCGCCGCCAGGCACACGGUCGCAGUUCGCGAUGCAGCCACGCAACGCCAAGGAGAAGACGCCGCUCGUGCACCUCCCCACGCACACGCUGUACGAAGACGUGCGGCACGCGGGCGCUAAGGGCAGCUUCGAUGAAGUGAUGCGCAUCUGCAGGGUGCUCAUCCAGGACCGCGGUCAGCGGCCCGAUCCCGCCAUGUACGCCGCGAUACUGCACAGUCUCACGAGCAGCACGGACGGCACGGCGGGGAAGGUUCGGUCCGUGCUGGAGGAGAUGGGGUUUUGGAGCGACAAGGCCGCGGCGGAGGGGGUGGAGACGGUCGAGCUCGAUGUCAGAGGGUGCGAGAACGUGCUGCAGGCGCUCGCGGUGCAUCCGGACUACCUGCUGCGGGCCGAGGUGCUGGAGUACAUGCGCGAGAAGUGGUUCGCGCUCAGCGACCGCGCGCAGUGCUUUGUUGUCGCGGGGCUGCUGCGCGAGCGACUGUUUGAACAGGCGCUGGACAUGCUGGAGGACAUGUGUCGGAAGGAGGCGCGGGUGGACGAGUGGCUGUGGAGCGAGGCCAUGUGGCUGCUGCUGGAGUUUGGCGAGGUCGAAGAGGCCUUCUACGUGCUGGGGCUGAAGGCGAGCGUCUCGGACGCCGCGACGGCGGGCGCGGCGUGCGGCGUGAAGCUGAGCCAUGCGCUGUGGAGUGCGUUGCUCGAUGCUGCCGCGCACCAACAGCUGCACGAUGCGGCGCGCACAGUCUGGACCACGCAGGUCCAGCCCGGCUACCUCAACCCGCCGACCGGCACGUGCGUGUCCGUCCUCUCCGUCGCCGCGCGCCACGGCGACGUGCACCUCGCGACCGACGUGUUCCGGGUGCUCACGGCGCGCGAGACGGUCUUCACGACGCACCACUACGAGCUGCUCAUCGCGACGUACCUCAAGGCCGACGCCCUCUCCGACGCCCUCGCCGUCAUGCUCAUCAUGACCGACGCCAACCUCAAAGUCGACGCCGGCACCUGUCACCCGCUGUACUCGUACCUUGUCCACGCGCCGGCCCCACGGCCAACAAAAACACUCAGCGCCUCCGGCUCGGAAACAGAGGAGCAACUCAGCAUGCCCGUCCACGCCUUCACGCUCCUCCAAUCCCUCGAAGCACAGGGCCGCAAGAUCCCCACCGCGGCCGCAAACUGCUGCAUCCAGGCCAGCAUCGCGCUGGACGCGCUGCCAGACGCGCUCUCCAUGUACAAAGCGCUGCACACGGUGUGCGCCACGGGCCCCAACACAUCAACGUUCAACCUGCUGUUCCGGGGAUGCGCACAAUCCGCGCGCAAGGAGCUGGCCAUGCACCUCGCGACCGAGAUGAUGGCGUUGAACCUGCAACCGGAUCGCAUCACGUACGACCGGCUGAUUCUGGUGUGCGAGCAGACGGGGCAUUUGGAUGAUGCUGUUAAUUACUUUGAGGAGAUGCGCGGUAUGGGUUUGAGGCCGAGGAGGGGGACGUACGAGCGGUUGAUGAAUGCGCUUGUGGAUCGUGACGAUGAGCGGUGUGUUGCUGUGCUGAGGGAUUAUCGGGAGAGUGGGGAGGUUGUGAGUCGGGUUGAGCAGCGGGUCAGGAGGCGGUUUGUGGUUGGGGAUGUGUAGACUCGGCCAUGUAUUACAACUCAUGAUGCCAAUACAUUACAACUCACGAUGCUAAUAU